AUGCCGUUUAGGAAGACGAGGAAGAAACUUGCGAAACGGAUCAAACGCCUCUUCGGGAAAAUCGUGCCACCCCCCAAGGAUGCAGCUCCCCCUCCGGAUUUCGAUAUAGUACCGGCGUGGAAGGAGACCGCGGCCAAUCGGGUCCCUGUUGAAAUAUUGAUGAAGAUAAUCGAGGAGGCGACUGACGUCCCAGGCGCUCUGGACGCGGUCGUUUUCAUGCCAAAAUUCUCCAAGGAGAACGAGCUCUACUACCUCAAACUGGCGAAGCGGACUGCGCUGUCGAUGGUCCAGGUGUCGCGGGUCUGGAAAACCAUGGCUACAAUCUAUCUCUACCGGAUCAUCCGCCUGAACAACGAGGAGCAGGUCCCCCUGCUGGCACGCACCCUCGCCGAUCCGAUAACUUGGCACUACGGCUCGUAUGUCCGCAGGUUGGAGCUCACUAUGGGGUGUUUCGGCUUUGCUUCGGAGUCUCUUCCGAGGGUGAUCAGGUCCAUGCCACUGCUGCAGAUUUUCCGGUGGAGACAUCCCGAGCAUCUACGGCCCCUGGUCGAUCGGCGGUCAUUCCGCCGCCCGGAAUUUGUGGACAGCGUUCUACGGGAACUGCCUCCGACCCUGCGAGCCUUGGAUACUAUCCGUGCCUUGCCAAUGUUCGAUUAUACUGGUGUGCGGGUGUUACUUCGUAACCUGCCAUGUCUUCAAACACUGAACGUCGAGUCUGCCGGCGAGUUCGUCUCGGGCGUUGACACUGACCUGCGCAGCUUGUGUUCCAUUGAUCUCUCGCGAACGAAGCCCCUUGUCAUUCUCAAUGAGGACGAGUUGCCCUCUCUAGUUCAGCUGGAAGACAUUGUCUACCCUCACCCGGUGGCGCCCGACCCGCUCGACCCGUUCGACUGGACGCCCAAUGAGAGGCCUGAGCGGCUUAUCAUCCUCCUGGGCGAUCACUUUCGCAAAAUCCGCUCGAUCAUUCUCCGUGUCGAUGAAAACGCUCGGAUGAUGGACGUGGGGCACUACGUGGACAUCAUAACCCGAAAAACGCCGAACUUGGUAAACUUAACCUUGAUCCUUCAUAAGUGGAGUCAGUUUCCUCCCAACUUCCUCUUGCGGAAUGCGGUCUACCUCGGGUUCGGCCUGGUGGACCCAAGGGCAAUCAAGCAUGCGCCCGAGGGCGAAGACGAUGGCAGAUAUUGGCGGUUCUUCCAUUCGCUGAGUUGGGUCAGAUUUCUCGGCGAAUUUCAAGCUAUCUAUUUUCUCGAUGAUGCUCUCUACUACCACGCCAACUGGAUCUACCACAACACUUGGGAUGAUGUCGCCUCUGAGAUCAGGCGUUUCCGUUAUGAGAUAUUGUUCCGCGAUGGAACCACUCUGGUGCCGGAGUCUCUUGAGAACGUGCACCCUACUCCGCCUUCUGUCCGCGUGCGGAAUACCAUGGACACCGUUCCACUGCGCGACAAGCCUCCGUUCCAAUUCAGUCCUGAAUUCCAAAUUGAGGGAUAG